AUGAAUAGAUUAAUAUUUAUAUUUAUAACAAUUUUAUUUGUAGAAUUAAUUUUUGGAUUCCAUACUGGUGAUAUUUCAAAAAAACAAGAGAUUCAAAAAGCAUCUUUUCAAUUUCUUACAGCUGCUGCCUAUAGAAAUGCUCAAAAAGAUAGAGAAUGGUGUGAAGAUGAUAAAAUCAAAGGCGGAAGACCAUACCAAUGGAAUGAAUAUAGAGGAAUGGUAAUCAACUAUUUGGAUCUAUAUGUUGCUCUUCAAUUCGAUCCUGAAUGUAAUUCAAAUGUUGCAACUUUAAGAAGUUUAUUUGUAAAUCAAUUGGCUCAACCUGAUCCAUAUCCAGUGAAUGCAACUUGGUGGGAUUCCGUAUUUUUACCAACCGCUUUGAAUGCUUUCUCAUGUGGCUUUAAUGGCAGUAAAAUAGAGGACCACGAAUUUGUAUCUGAUGAUCUUUUAGAAAACUUUGAUAAUGAUAAAAUGAAACAAGAUAUUUGGUAUAUGAUUGGUACUUAUAUGACAAGUAUUUAUAAGCAAAGAGAAAACAUUAAUAGAAGAUUAGAUUUUGAUGCUGGUCUAUAUAUUCCAUUCCUUGAUAAAUAUACUGGUGGUGAUUAUACAAAAACUCAGCAAAUGAGAGUUGGCUUCCCAACAUACCUUGGUCGUUCAUUGUGGGCCGUUUUCCAUAUUAUUGCUCAAAGAGUUUCAGAUUCGUCAUGUGAAAGUAGUGGUAAUAGUACUACAACUGUUUAUACAAGUUUAACUGAAAAGUUUAAAAAUUUCAUGGUCUAUUUCCCAUUAAAUCAUGCAUGUCCAUUCUGUAGAGAACAUAUGAUUUCAAAAGUAUUAGUAAACGAUAGAUAUGCCCGUGAUAGUUACUCUAGUGAGGCAGUUCGUUUCUUCCCAAUCGAACAUUUAUUAAUGGGAGGAACAGGUGGUGACUUAAUUGCAAAACUUUCAACUGUAAGAGCUGAUGAUAAACGUUCAAUUGCCGCCUUUUUCUGGAAACUUCACAAUGCUGUGACCUCUUCAGUUGAACAGGGCUGUCAAUGUUUUACUGAAGAAAUUGAAGAUAUUGAUCCAUACCAUUGUGAAUUUAAAUCAAGUGUAUCAAUUCAAACACGUUAUCCAAGACAACAAAGAUCAUAUCCAUUUGCAAAGAGAUUUGAAUUUAUUUUAAAUGAAAAACAUAAUUAUACACUUUUCAAAGAAACUAGAAAACAAUUUAUUAAUAUUACUUCUGAAAUUAAUAAAUUAGAUACAGUUCAAAUUAGAAUAGAAUUGUUUAAAUUUUGGAAUGAUUCAAGUGUAAAAAUUAGUGAAGAUACUCAAAACAAAAUUGAUCAAUUAAUGUUAUUAAUUAAUAAUAUGACUCAAUUGUUUUUAGAUACCCCAGUUCUUUCCGAGGCAUACUCUUUAGUAAAUUCAACAUUGAAUUGUACACUUACUGAAGAAUACUUUGCAUCCAUUAACCUAUCAGAUGUUGAAGCUCCAAACCUUUCAAUUCCAAGAACACCAGAACGUUGUAGUAAUGAAACUAAAUUAUCAGCAUGUGAAGCUCAAUAUUUUGUUGAACCAAAGGUAGUUAAAAAGGAUGAAAAUAGUUCUUCAAAUAAACUAUCCAUUGGUUGGCUCUUUAUUUCAAUUCUAGUUAUUAAUUUAAUUAUUUUUGUACUUUAA